AUGUGCCACAACCUCCACUUGCAUGUGACACACCAUCCACUGGCAUGUGCCACACCCUCCACCAGGAUGUGCCACACCCACUAUUACAUGUGCCACACCCUCCACAAGGAUGCACCACAUCUUCUACUUGCAUGUGUCACACCCGCCACAAACUUGUGCCCCACCCUCUACUUGCAUAUGACACACCCUCCAUGCGCCACACCCUCCACCAGGAUGUGCCACACCCACUACUACAUGUGCCACACCCACUACUACAUGUGUCACACCCUCCACCAGGAUGUGCCACACCCACUACUACAUGUGCCACACCACCAGGAUGUGCCACACCCACCCUCCACCAGGAUGGAUGUGCCACAUGUGCCACCCUACAUGUGCCACACCCUCCACCAGGAUGUGCCACACCACUACACAUGUGCCACACCUCCACCAGGGAUGUGCCACACCCACUACUACACACCCUCCACCAGGAUGUGCCACACCCACUACUACAUGUGCCACACCCUCCACCAGGAUGUGCCACACCCACUACUACAUGUGCCACACCCUCCACCAGGAUGUGCCACACCCACUACUACAUGUGCCACACCCUCCACCAGGAUGUGCCACUCUCCACCCACUACUACAUGUGCCACACCCUCCACCAGGAUGUGCCACACCCACUACUACAUGUGCCACACCCUCCACCAGGAUAUACUGGGCUCGGCCUGCUUUGUGCUGGGCAGCGUGUUGAGGUUCAGGUCCGACAUAUUCACCAGUUAUCUGUCGGGUCUCGUCUCUAACGUCCAGGCAGAGGAAUCGACCUUCACCUUAAGCGACUUCAUCGAGGGCAUCGCCUUCACCUUCAUCGUCGUCGGACUGUUCAUCUUCAUCGUCGGGGGCCUCGGAUGUCUCGGUGCUUGCUGGAAACUCAGAACGUGCUUGCUUGUGUAUGCCGUGGUUGUAGUGGUAGUGAUGGUCACACAGGUCGUUGGCGUCACUUUGAUGUGCACCCUUAAGUCACAGUUUGACAUCAGCUUAAAGACGUUGUUGAAGAGGACGUUGUCAUCCAGCUACACCGGGGACAUCGGCACCGACCCCGUCACACUCGGCUGGAACUACAUAUUCAUGCAGCUGGACUGCUGCGGCGUUGACAACUACACCGACAUCUAUACGGCGACUCACUGGAACCGGACGGUGUCCGAGGGGGGCCUGACCGUCGUUCUGAAGACCCCCUUCACGUGCUGCAAGCUGGAGGGAGAGUACCCCGACAUGGACUGGCCAGUUGAUCCCUUCUGUGCCCUCAGUCCAAACACCUCAAACUCAAACUAUAACCACGGUUGCUACAGCGCGCUGGAGGGCGUGGUCCUCGGCUACACAACGACGAUGAUAGUUGCUGGCAUCAUUCUGGCGGGUGUCGAGGUUGUCAGUAUUGUUCUGGCCGUGCUGCUGUUCCGGGAACUCAAAAAUGAAGAGGAAGAAGUAUUUAAAGAAUGAAAAAAAGACAAUCAUGAUUUGACAAACUCCAUGAUUUGACAACUUCCUUGCACACAUAUUAAUAAAUCAUGAUUCAUAAUUACAAAAUUGAUAUGUAUAAGAGACACGUAGCGCAGUUACAAUCAGAAGCGCCACAAUCUGCUGUGCGGAGUUGCGUCCCCUAGUUGUGCCAGGAGCCUAUAAUCAUGGGUUAGAAUUUCAGAUUCGACCUAGUUAUGAACCUUGUAAUACUUUGUCCUACUAUACCCGUCCUCUUUAAGUAUUACAACGAAAUAUGCAAUUGAAGUUACCGUUUUGGAUAUUUACUGCACAGUCUGAUAAGCCGUGACGGAACUGAGGUAGUCUUUCGAGCCAGAUUCUCUCACAGCAUGUGAGGACAGCAGCCCAAGCUUCCCCUGAAUCCCAUCGAAUUGCACACUUUAAGAUUCAAUGCUAACGGCUGAAUCCCUCCAGAUAUCUUCCACUGAAUCCCGAAUCCCAUCGAAUUGCUCACUUUAAGAUUCAUUGCUAACGGCUGAAUCCCCCCAGACAUCUUCCACUGAAUCCCGAAUCCCAUCGAAUUGCUCACUUUAAGAUUCAUUGCUACCGGCUGAAUCCCCCCAGACAUCUUCCACUGAAUCCCGAAUCCCAUCGAAUUGCUCACUUUAAGAUUCAUUGCUAACGGCUGAAUCCCCCCAGACAUCUUCCACUGAAUCCCGAAUCCCAUCGAAUUGCUCACUUUAAGAUUCAUUGCUACCGGCUGAAUCCCCCCAGACAUCUUCCACUGGAUCCCGAAUCCCAUCGAAUUGCUCACUUUAAGAUUCAUUGCUAACGGCUGAAUCCCCCCAGACAUCUUCCACUGAAUCCCGAAUCCCAUCGAAUUGCUCACUUUAAGAUUCAUUGCUACCGGCUGAAUCCCCCCAGACAUCUUCCACUGGAUCCCGAAUCCCAUCGAAUUGCUCACUUUUAGACUAAUUGCUAACGCCUGAAUACCAAAAUACAACUGAGCAAAUAAAUUUCUCACAAAGCUCUGAGAACAAGAUGCGUGAGAUUGAAAGUUAGGGAAGUUUAUGAUAAAAUAUCGAAAAGAUUAUUUUAUGCAGAAUUUGUUUGUACAAGUUUGUAAAUGUUGAAUCUUUUGAACCACAGAGCCCCAGAAACCCAUUAAAUAAACCCCGGAUCGUGCGAACGCAAAGGAGGUGGCAGUCUCGUGUGUGUGACGUCAUACAUGACGUACCAUAUACCACAUGACAUGAUUCGUAAGUCAGGUGCGUUCGUGUUAUAGCAGAUGCAGGUCUUAUCAUCUAUCUUGUUAAAGCACGGCUCUCAGUACGCAUUUUUAUGUCAGCUGUCUGCCAUUUGUUCAACCGGUCUAUACUCCAAGGGAGAUAACUCAGUAACACAUCGACACGCCAGGUUCGAUGCGGUAUAUACAGUUUUGAUCGUAUUUCUGAAUACAUGUCCUAUAUGAACCACAUAUUUCAAAGUGUGGUGCACAUGCAUUUUCAGCAGGAUAUGCACGGUGCGGUAGCCGAGUGGUUAAAGCGUUCGCACGUCAUGCCGAAGACCCGGGUUCAAUUCCCCACACGGUUAUAUGUGUAAAGCCCAUUUCUGAUGUCUCCCGCCGUGAUAUUUCUGGAAUAUUGCUAAAAGCGGCACAAAACCAUACUCUUUCACUUACUUAUGCAGGAUAUAAUUCCGGUGAUAAAGGCAUAGCAAAUGUUGAGUAGGAAAAACUUAGAUACAAUUAACAUGCUACCGAUUAUAGAGUAGAAAUAAUUAUUUCGAAAACAAUGGCUACAUUAAGAGUUGUGUCUGUUUGUCGUGCAUGAAUCUUGAACUGUGAAUGGUAUUUCGGGGUUCGUGACCAAAGCGACGAGUAGCCAUGGUCAAGGGGAGGUAACUAGUGUUCUAGGUGAGCGUGAGUGUUUUUGUCUUCAGUCCUUCUACAAACAUAUCUGCCUGCUGACAUGGGACAGUGGUUGGAUUGCUCAUCGUUCGUCCUUAGUGUUGAAGUAUUUUGUCCAUGUGUCUAUGAUGCGAUUUAUAUCUUUCAUACUUCAUUGUUGUUUUUACAUAUUUCAUAUUCAA